GCAAAUCGGGCUCCUCUCCUCUCUCUCUCUGCAGCGAAGUGGGAAGAAACUGGGAGGGACCAGCCCAGGUAUAAAGGUCUCUGCCGUGCUGGCUGCCGUCUUCUAAAAGAGGGAUCUGGUGGCUGACGGAGACGGCUUUGCUACAGGUGAGCGCGCAGGAAAGGAGUCGCUCAGCGGGGCUCGGCUGGGAUUCUGCGCCCGAGGAACGAGUAAAGAAGAAUGAAGUGGGAAGGGUUCUACUCCCUUGUGAUUGGUGUGAAUCGCCACUCUACAGCCGUUGGCCGCAUCUGGCUCUCAGUGGUGUUCAUCUUCCGCAUCAUGGUGCUGGUAGUGGCUGCUGAGAGUGUCUGGGGAGAUGAGCAGUCAUCCUUCAUCUGUAACACGCUACAGCCUGGCUGCAAGAAUGUCUGCUAUGACCACUACUUCCCCAUCUCCCACAUCCGCCUGUGGGCUCUGCAACUCAUCCUGGUGACCACCCCAGCCUUGCUUGUGGCCAUGCACGUGGCGUACCAGCAGCAUCAGGAGAAGAAGCUGUUAGUCAUGACAGGCCAUGGCGAUGCCAAGCACCUGGAAGAGGUCAAGAAGCACAAGAUGCGCAUCUCAGGGUCCCUGUGGUGGACUUAUGUCUGCAGCGUGAUCUUCCGCAUCAUCUUUGAAGGCACCUUCAUGUACAUCUUCUACGUUAUCUACCCUGGUUACCAGAUGAUCCGUCUGGUCAAAUGCAGUGAUUACCCCUGCCCUAACCUUGUUGACUGCUUUGUUUCACGGCCCACAGAGAAGACUAUUUUCACAGUUUUCAUGCUGUCCACCUCCGGCAUUUGUAUUGUCCUCAACUUGGUUGAACUAGUGUACCUGCUGGUGCGGGCUUGUGCGCGCCGUGCUCACCGAAACCCCAACCCAUCUUCAGGGAAGGGCUCCUUCCUGGGCUGCAAGCUGUCCGAGUACAAGCAGAACGAAAUCAACCAGAUGCUGACAGAACAGGACAGCUCCCUCAAGGAUAUUCUUCGUCGCAAUUCAGGGGUACAGGAGAAGAGUGACCGCUGUUCGGCCUGCUAAGGAUAUUGGGACCAUGGAGGUGGUGUUUGGUUGUAGCAGACCAGGCCUAAGAGGAGAAUGUGGGAAUUGUUUGUGGAUUGCUGUGGGUAUGAGCUGGCAGGUCUUCUCUUUAUGCAAGUUCCCUCACAGUGCCAUGGCCAGGGCUUCACAUCUUCACAGUCUGGCUAUGGUUUUAGCUACCAGCUGCCUAGAGGCACAACCUCCAUGGACUUGGUAAGAUUCAGUAGAGUCGCAAAACCAGCCAGAUGCAGACUAUUUGCAAGAAGACUUUAAUUCAGCCUCUAUAGCCAUUGCUGCCUGGGAGAAUAGGGCAGGCAUGGUGGCCUCCAUUCAAAACUCUCAAAGAAACCACAGUUGCAGUUUUGGGGAGUCCCUUCCCCUUCUUCCUUGUACUCCACAAUACCUCAUCCUUCCUCCAAAAGAAAAAAGGCAGAAGGAUCACUUUUAUCUUACACUACACAUAUUUUUGCUUUGUAAAUUUUGGAAGCAAAGUUUAGAUUUCCUCACUGUCAGGGUUUUUUUUCUGGGAAAAGAGGUGGUGGAACUCAGGACCGCACAAUGACAUCACUUUGGGUCAGCUGGAACAAGGGGGUAGUUUUUUAAGGUUUAAAUCACCCUCGGCAAAAAUGGUCACAUGGCCCUGAUCUCCAGACAGAGGGGAGUUUAGAUUGCCCUCCGCACCGGAUUGUGGAGGGCGAUCUAAACUCCCCUCUGUCUGGAUAUCAGAGGGUGGGGCCACUGGCCAUGUGACCAUUUUCAAGAGGUGCCGGAACACCGUUCCACCACGUUCCAGCUGAAAAAAAGCCCUGCUCACUGUACAUUUUGGGAUUUGCGAUGCAGGAAUAAGGACUGUCAUCUUUCCAAAAGGCAAUAGAGCAGUUAAUCCAACCCCUGUGUUUCUAGCCCAGUGCCUAAUGCCCAUCUUUCAUAUCCUAGAUCUGGGCUGUCAUAACACAAGCACCAAAGGGAGAUGCCCCCAUGCAGGAUGGCCAUCUUUCCCCACUAGGGCUGGGCUCCUGUGCCUCUCACAGGCAAGGAAGGGAGAAGUUCAAGAAGUGCCUCUUGCCAGGACAACAAUGAGGGAAAGGUGCCCCUAUUGAAUGUGGUGCAGAUGUGAAAAUGGGGGUGCAAUCAUACAUCUGGGUUGGUGCUCUCAUUUGACAAGGGAAGGAUUGGGAGGAUGAGGGCAAACGGCUGUUCUCCCUGGUUACAAAUCACUGUACCAAAGCAGUCAUAGUAUUAAAAGCUGGUUUUACA